CAUUGGAAAUGCACACUGUAUUUCGAUACGAACUGGGAAACUGUGAGAUACGUUAAUUACAAUGUUAAAAGUAACAAUUGUAUUCGCAAUUAUAUCCGCGUUAUACAUCGCUGAAACAAUAUGUCACCCAACAUACGAAUCUUCUUAUCAUCGAGAGACACGCAGCUCACGCAGUUCCAGUCCUGCACCUGCAGGCAUUGGCCAUAAACCCUACAAAGAUCCUAAACGAACCCAUCCCGGAUACAAUCGGCGCAAUGCAAGAGAUACUUUCAGCCAUCAACAGUUCCUGUUAGAUAGCCAGGAGCCACUGUCACGUGUUGCCAGAAGUGUGGAACAAUUCGGAGCUGCCAGCAAUGAGCCCCUCGAUAGUCAGGAGACACAGUCACGAGUCGCCAGGAGUGUGGAACAAUUCGGAGCUGCCAGUAAGGAGCACCUCGAUAGCCAGGAGACACUGUCACGUGUCGCCAGGAGUGUGGAGCAAUUCGGAGCUGCAAGCAAUGAGCCCCUCGAUAGUCAGGAGACACUGUCACGUGUCGCCAGGAGUGUGGAACAAUUCGGAGCUGCCAGUAAGGAGCACCUCGAUAGUCAGGAGACUCUGUCACGUGUCGCCAGGAGUGUGGAACAAUUCGGAGCUGCCAGCAAUGAGCCCCUCGAUAGUCAGGAGACUCUGUCACGUGUCGCCAGGAGUGUGGAACAAUUCGGAGCUGCCAGCAAUGAGCCCCUCGAUAGUCAGGAGACUCUGUCACGUGUCGCCAGGAGUGUGGAACAAUUCGGAGCUGCCAGCAAUGAGCCCCUCGAUAGUCAGGAGACUCUUUCACGUGUCGCCAGGAGUGUGGAACAAUUCGGGGCUGCCAGCAAGGAGCACCUCGAUAGUCAGGAGACUCUGUCACGAGUCGCCAGGAGUGUGGAGCAAUUUGGAGCUGCCAGUAAAGAGCACCUCGAUAGUCAGGAGACUCUUUCACGUGUCGCCAGGAGUGUGGAACAAUUCGGAGCUGCCAGCAAGGAGCACCUCGAUAGUCAGGAGACUCUGUCACGUGUCGCCAGGAGUGUGGAACAAUUCGGGGCUGCCAGCAAGGAGCACCUCGAUAGUCAGGAGACUCUGUCACGAGUCGCCAGGAGUGUGGAACAAUUCGGAGCUGCCAGCAAGGAGCACCUCGAUAGUCAGGAGACUCUUUCACGUGUCGCCAGGAGUGUGGAACAAUUCGGAGCUGCCAGUAAGGAGCACCUCGAUAGCCAGGAGACACUGUCACGUGUCGCCAGGAGUGUGGAGCAAUUCGGAGCUGCAAGCAAUGAGCCCCUAGAUAGUCAGGAGACUCUUUCACGUGUCGCCAGGAGUGUGGAACAAUUCGGGGCUGCCAGCAAGGAGCACCUCGAUAGUCAGGAGACAUUGGCUCGUGAGGCCAGGAGUGUGGAACAAUUCGGAGCUGCCAGUAAGGAGCACCUCGAUAGCCAGGAGACACUGGCACGUGAGGCCAGAAGUGUGGAACAACUAGAUAUCUAAAUAGAAGUUCGGCAGGUUAGUACCUAAUUACCUAGGUACUAGGUGCAUCAUAUUAUUUAUGUUUACAAGCCUUCAGUUUUGUUAAAUAUUGGAGAAUUGGUAUUCAAUUAUCUUUCAAUAUUGUAAUACUCGUACCUAACCUAACCACUAUAACCAUAGGGUACUUCAGAAAAAUAAAAUUGUUGCUUUCUAA